AUGCUAAUGGAAGCUCCUUUUGUGUUUCAGAUUCUGUUCGAUCAAGCCCAGAGAUCUGUGAAGCAGCAGCUGCACAACUUUGUGAAAGAGUAAGUUUAAAACAACAUUGUCUCAUGCUGUCUCUCCUAUAUAACUAUGUAGCUUGAGACCAUUUCUCACGCCCCGACUGCCUCCUUGUUUGGACUGGGACCUACCUGAGGGGAAAGAAGCUUUACUGAUUUAUGGUGUUGGUGGACCACAUCAUAGGUGGGAAGUAGGCAGACUAUCCCCAGUCUCAGGGCCUUUUACCUAGGAAAGGUCAGGGGUCAUGGCCCUGCUCCUGUUUCUGUCUUAACCUCCUAGGAAAAGCUGGGGUGAACUGGGGGGCAGAAUAAGGAACACGCUUAUCAAACAAACUUAAUUAUCCUUGGUGAAUGGUCCAACCACAAACAGUAUUUUGAUUUUCAACCAUGUAUUCAACAUACCACUCCUUGGUGAAUCUGUCAACCACAAACAGUAUUGUCAUUCCCAACCAUGUGUUCCACUUACCCCUGUUAUCUGGUCAGGUACAACUAAAGGAAUCACAUGAAGUGUCCCUUGUUAAACACAAUCUCACUGUCAUCCCCAAUUUCUCAUUCUCAGGGAUGUCCGUAAAUUCAAGGAGACCAAGAAGCACUUUGACCGCAUGCGUGAGGACAUGGAGAUAGCCCAGGUGAAGAACGCCCAGGCUCCCAGGAACAAACCCCAUGAGGUGGAAGAGGCCACCGGAACACUCAGUAUCACCAGGAAGUGCUUCAGACACCUGGCCCUCGACUACGUACUUCAGGUGAGAUAGAAAACAUAACCAGAGUCAUACAUGGACUCAGAAAGAUCCCUUUGGAUCCUGUAGGUCUAGAAUAUAAUAGAAUUCCCACAAGAGGGAAUAGGGUUGGUGAAUUCACUGGCGGACCCUUUAAGAUGGUGGUACAGUCAGUGUGCCCUUCAUAUGGGCAUUGUUUUCAGAGUCAGGAAAUUGUAGUUCACACAUUGUAUCUCAGCAUGGUUUUAGCUCGGCAUGCCCACAUGUUGUCUCCUCUCAGUCUCUAGACAGCUACUAAAUUUGCCUCUGGGAACAGAGUGACUGAUGUGGUGUGAUCGCUGUGGCUCCCUCUGUCUGCAUUAUGCAUUGUGUCUGCCGGCACUAACGUCCUCUCUGCUCUAAUUUGGAGUGUGUGUGUCUGUGUGUGACCCUGUUUGGUUUUAAUUGAAAGUGGCUGAAGGCAGAGAAGGUCACGGGUGUGUCUGAAGAUUUAUUCUAGUGACCUCAAAUGUAGUGCAAUAUCUCAUUUAGGUUUGCAUGAUUCAGACAUUCUUUAAGAUGUUUUUUUAUCCCUAAAAUGCCAACAUGAUGACCAUGAUUGGUUCAUAUAUAGGUCAUUACAGUAUCAUGUUGAUUUCAUGCGAUUUAGUUCAGAACAUACAAAAAACUGAGAGACAGGCAGGACUGCCGGACACAUGCAGUGCAGCUCUCUAGUGUUGUAUGUGGUUGGUCUCUGUACUAACAGUGAAAUGUAACUAUUGUCCACAAGAGGGAGAUGUUUCAAUGCACAGGAGUAUCAGAUAAGACUGAUGGAAAUGUUUCAAUGCACAGAUGUUUCAAUGCACAGGAGUAUCAGAUAAGACUGAUUCUGGUGCCAUUGUAAUAUACACUAUUAUUACUCACAGUUACUCACCUCUUCCCCUCCUGCAGAUCAACGUCCUUCAAGCAAAGAAGAAGUUUGAGAUCCUAGAUGCUGUAAGUGCGUUUAACGUCCGAUCCAUCACCAUAGAGUACAGUGCUGUAGAGUGUCCUGUUGUUUUUAAAAACAUACCAGUAAUGUAUUGCUUAUAUUCUCCUGUCUGUCUCUCUCUCCUCUGCAGAUGCUGUCCUUCAUGCACGCCCAGUACUCCCUCUUUCAGCAGGGCUACAAUCUGCUGGAUGAGAUUGACCCCUACAUGAAGAAGCUGGCUGCUGAGGUGAGCAUCACCACCACCCACACCAUCCUCAUGUUAGCCCCUAAGCCCUGGGUCCUGAUUGGUAUUGGAUUGGUUCUGAUUGAAAAUAUCGACCCAGGCAGAGUUGCGUCACCGAUGGAUGCUCUGUCCACUGCUGUGCUGUCUGUUUACAUAAUAGUGCAUUAG